CCGACCCGCCAUCUGUCGGUGGUCAUAGGAAAUUCAACGUAAACAAACUGGCUUGUGGGAGAGGUUUCAGUGAGACAGUCCCCUGCAUGUCAGCAAAGCAGUAACUGACCUCUAACACCGGCAAAGGAAUAAGUGCAGAGCUGAUAUAUUCGAGGUACCUCGGCUUUUCUGGGCACAACAAAUCACAGCUUGUCUCAUAGAUUGCCGCUGUGUGAAGCGUGUUUCGUAUUCCGCCAGAUGGCAUCUCUGGAGGACCAGUACCAAAAAGCCUGGCAACUGUUCCAGGAGGAAAGUCACCAUGACCCUGAUAGUGAACCUUAUAAAUCUAAGUACGCUGCAAGAGAAAUAUUUGAGGAACUAAAAUCACGGCUCAGUAAACAAUUAGAUGAAGAUGAUGUGGAUGAUGGAGAGGGUGCGUUUAGUGAGGAAGGCGUGGAUGGUGUGGGUUUAACUAGAGCCCGAAUGGCUGCUGUAGUAUAUCACUUAGGAGUCAUUGCAGUUGAGACGGAGGAAUUUUCCACCGGUGAAGAGCAUCUGAACAAAGCAUUAAUCAUUAUUGGUGACGAAGGAGGUAUUUCAUCCGGUGUUUCCUCUCUUACCGUUGGAGAAGCCGAGGUGGCCGCAGCCGCUCUCCGUGGUGUCGAGGAGAACCUUCUGCCGGACACCAGUGAGACAGCUCCCAUCAGCCUCACUGCCAUAGCCCCUGCUACCGUUGGCCUCGCCAUAAGUUGUCACAACCAGCUUGGCAUCCUGUGGUCAAACCGUGCUCUCUAUACCACCGCCAAGCGUCAUCUUGAUCGAGCCAAUAUGCUCUAUGAAGAGUACCAAAAGCAGAGUACUACACCUCCACGAACUAUCUAUAGUUUAUUUUCUACUAAUAGUGAAAAAGACAGUAGCUGCGAUGACACUAGUGGUAUUGAUGCACUGGAGAAAUUACACACACUUACUUUCUACUACCUUGCUCAGGUGUACGGUCAUCUUGGUGCUCCUGACAAGUCUGCCUGGUACUGUCACUCGACCCUUCAGCGUCAACUGGCCAGUAAAGACUAUGACCCAAUAGACUGGUCCAUCAAUGCUGCCACUCUCUCACAGUUCUAUCAGGGAAAAGAGAAGUUUAGAGUAGCGAGACAUCUGCUAGCGUCAGCAUCCAAGGUGUUGUCGGGACACGAGGCUGAGGUAGAUACUUUACAAGAGGAAACACAUGAAGUUGCUCACAAACAAGAAAAAUACAGGCAAUGUAAAGCAGACGUAGGCCGCUGCUGGGGUCGAUAUUGCCUGGUGCUGCUGCAAGCGUCUUGUGAUAGGGCCAUCCCUGAUGAACCCGGACAAGAGUCACAGGAGGAGCACCAACCUGAAGAGGAGGUAUUAGAUAAACAGCUUCAAUUUGUGCAACUAGAGGUCAGUGAUUUGGAAUCUGAAGUUGCAGCCUCACCUGGAGAAAAUUUUGAUGAAGUUAGGCCGAUCUUCUUGGCUGGAUUGCGAUGGCUAACCACAGCUCGCCAGUACUACACCCUGGAGGAUCACGCCAGCGACCACGUCAGCAUCUCACAGGAGAUGAGCCAUUUAUAUAAGGCCCUAGCAUUCUUUGAACCAUCUGAAGAAAGACGGUGUAAAAUGCACAAGCGAAGAGUUGACUUACUGACGACUCUUGUUGAGGAACUUAAUCCACAGUAUUAUAUUCAUGUAUGUCGUCAAAUUAACUAUGAACUGGCUGAGACUUACUCGGCCAUGAUGGACAAUAAGCUGGCGCUGGUGGAGAGUGGAGGUAGUGAACCAACGCCGCCACAGGCCAAGAAGAUCAAUGUCCUGGCAACAUCCAGCAUACAGUAUUUCCUUCACUACCUCGACUCUCUCAAAGAUAGAGCAACUGGAGAACAACCCACAGUAUACCCCGAAGAUGCUUUACGUCCAGCUUUAGUUGCUUGGUUCCACCUUGGACGCCUUUGGUCAAAACUCGUUGCCACCAGUCCACAAACCAAACUACAAAAUUUAUCGCAGUCUCUUCAGAAUUAUAAGAGACUGGUUGAAUACUGUGAUAAGAAUCCACACUGUCAGUCAAUCAUGGCUCAAGAACUGGCUGUGUGUCGAGAGAUGGUGCAGCUCUUGCCACUCAAGAUGGAACAGUUUCGGGCAUUAACUAGGUUGUAACGUGAACAAGUCAGCAUCAGGACCAUCACAGAGAGUUUUUUCUUUGCUGGAGGACCAGAAGCAGAGGUUGGCUUGUGUUUGGGCAUCAUGAACGCGUAUGAGAUAGAUUUAAGCGCACUAAAUUGACACGCACGAGAGGCAGCUGUUACUCUGAUGAUACACACGCAGCAGCUGAGACAGACAGAGGUGGCGGGGUGGUGCGUUUGGCUGGCUUGCGACCCAUUUUAAAGGUUUUGAGCUUGAAAUUUGAAAUUGUAACCUAACCCCUGGGGUAAUGCUCGUAUAGUUGAAACCUCGUAAGAAAAAUCCGUGUAAGUUGCGAGUCCACUGUAGUUGCAUACAAUAAUUCAAAUGGUGUAUUUAUUGGAAGUCUUUGGCUCAUCCAAACUGACUAUGUACCUAUGAAAGGUAUUAAGAUUCAUAAUAGGUUUUGAUAUAUUGAAUGGUAUACAUUUACUGUAUCUAUUAAGUAAAAAAAAAACUAUUUAUUAAAUUUCUCUUAUUCAUCUAGUGAAGAUUUAUAGACUUCCAGUAAUUAUACUGUACAAUAUAUAUCAGCAGUUGAUUUAUAGUAGAUUUAUGAUAUAUAUUGAAAUUACUGGUAAAAUAUCUAUGAUUUCUAUGACUUCGAAUACAAAUGGUAGCCGUUUAAGAUAAAAAAAAUAAGCUGGUAUCUUUCACAGUGUGGACAAUCUUAGACGGCUCUUGUAGGGUUUAACUCUUGUUGAAGGGACACUUACCACACAAGGUUAGUGUCAGAGUGUGUGGGAGGACACAUGCCCUGGUUCUUCCUCAUUUCUCACAACAACUGUAUAUUAUUUGGGGCUUCAUUAUGACAAAUUAUAUAUUGUAUAGGGCAUUAAUGUGAUUGAAUGCCUAGUUGUGCACACCCACCCACCACAACAAUUAAUUCUUAGUCCUGCCUGGUCGUAGUAGAUGGUGAAAUACUCUUAAGAUGUUUGGCAUGUUGGAGAAAAUUAAGGAAAAUUGAGUAGCUUGGAAAGUGUAUAAGAGGUAAGAUGAGAGGAAAGACUUGGAUGUGGAGAAGAGAAUGAGGAUGUGUACUGGUCAGGAGUGUGUAGGACUUGGAGAAACAUUUGUGUGGAGGAAUUGUAUGAUAGGGAGAAUCUGCUUUGGUUAUUAUAAUUCAUAGUAGGAAAUGCCUUAUUGAGUGAAACAAUGUAAAUGAAAAAUAUGGUUUUUAGAAGUACAAUAUAUAUGUACUCCAUUACAGUAUAUGAAUCUUUUUGUUUGACAUUGUCAUAGGUUUUAAGUUUUAUAGAUAAGGUAAAUAGAUAUUUGAUUUAUAAAUUUAUUUUUUAUCUUUAUAUCUAAACUGAAAGGGAGCUUAUGAUACCUACACAUUCCUUUAAUUACUGUACUGUACAGUAUUAUAGUUUCAUAUUUUAGUAGUAGAAUAUGUUGAUAGUAUUUUCUUAUAAGACACUAAGGUCAGUAGAGGCAGAAGAAACACAAAUUUUUCCCCUAGUAAUAUAUUACAGUAUAAAUACUUUCAUAAAAUUUUGUACCAGUACUUAUAUUCACCCAAGACUGAAUAGAACAGUGAUGUGACAUUGGAUAUAAACAACCGGGAACCCAUAUGUUUGUGUAGAGGUGAGCCCAUAACAGUAAGGAGAUAUUUUACCCACCUACAGAGACUUUUGUUUAGUCAUGUUAUUUGAAUUAUACUAAUGAAGGAAAAUGCUGAUAAAGAUGUUUGAGACACUGACCUUACAUAUUUUAACAUGUGUGUAUUUUGGAAAACAGUGUAGGGGCCUGAGUGUCCAGACCUUCACCUGUUUGUAGGAUACUCUUGCUAGCCCUCUGGUGAUAUUUUUGUCAUGUUGGUGAUUCUCAGACCAUAUUGGUACCUUCAAACAAACAUAUUUUAUUACCUAACAUCUUUAUUUUUUCUUAUAAAGCUGACUUAAGCUUUUUUACCCCAUUCCAGAUGCCACAUGUCCUAACUGUUGGUUGCAGUCAUGUAGGUCAUUUCAUGGGGAUGGUGUCAAAUAUGAUAGAUGCAAUAUGUGUAGAACUAAAUUUUGUUAUUUCCACUUAAAGUUCUUAAACGUAUACAGAAAUGCAUUGGCAUUUUGAGUAAAUAUGGCUUCUGUUUUUGUGCAAAUUGAAAAUGUUUGUAAAUUCUUUUCUAAUACAGUACUUUAAAAGUA